AUGAUCAUUGAGGCGCCUGGCUUCAGCAAAGAUGAGGUUCUGCUCUACGCAAGUUUGGCAUCGAAGCAAGAGAAUCCGGAGCCGAUCGACAAGGCUAUUCACGAAGCCCAACCGGGGGUUGACCUCAGUCCCUACAAAAUCCUUCAGUUCGUUCCCUUCAAUCCACUCGAUAAGCGAAGCGAAGCCACAGUUAAAUUUCCCGACGGCAAGAUCCGGGUCAUUGUGAAAGGCGCGCCGCAGCUUGUCAUGAAAAUGCUCGGCGACUCGAGUGCACACCUCAUCAAGGAAUUUGACUUUGCUAUGAACCGCCAGGCAGAGAGAGGCCUGCGAACGCUCGGUGUGGCCAUGUGUGAAGCCACCGUGCCAGCUGACGGGAGUGCAGUUCGAACGGGAGAACUGGAAUUCCUGGGACUGAUCUCGAUGCUCGACCCUCCGAGGGAAGAUACGGCGUCGACCGUUGACAAGGCGAUGGAUCUAGGAAUCGACGUGAAAAUGAUCACUGGAGAUCAGCGCGCGAUCGCCAUGGAGAUGUGUCGACGCCUGAACAUGGGGACAAACGUUUUGGGAGAAGAAGCCUGGUCCGGAGAGGUCGAUCUCGCGACGAAAAUGGGAGGCUUUGGAAAACUUGCGGAAUCCGCCAAUGGCUUCGCCCAAGUUAACCCUGAACAUAAAUUCUUGAUCGUUCAGUCCCUGCAGGAAGAGAAGCACAUGGUCGGCAUGACUGGUGACGGUGUCAACGACGCCCCAGCACUGAAGAAGGCAGACGUCGGCAUUGCUGUGGCAGGCGCCAGUGACGCUGCGCGGGCUGCCGCAGACAUCAUUCUUCUGGAGUCGGGUCUCUCACCGAUCAUCCAGGCCCUCAUCGUCAGUCGGUGCAUUUUUCAAAGGCUUCGAAACUACGUUGUAUUUCGAGUGGCCACCAGUCUCCUGCUUCUCCUGUCCUACUGGACGACCGCGAUGAUGCGCGUCGUCUCCCCGCCUCUCUGGUGCCUGCUUCUCCUCAAAGUCCUGAACGACGUGUCCAUGAUGGCAACCAGCACAGACCACGUGGUCGCCUCCACAAAGCCUGAGAACUGGAAGGCAGUCGAGACCCUGGCAAUCUCAGCGACUCUCGGCACCGUUGGCGCGGUCGCAUGCAUCGUUUUCUCUGUCCUCGCGAGUCCAACGACACAAGAACACACUCGGUUCUGGGAGGCUUGGGGUCUGCAGCCCCUCACCCGGUCGCAGCUUAACCUUGCCAUUUUUCUCCUCGCUGGGAUUUUGAUUCAAUCCGGGCUCUUCAGCGCGCGUACUAAAGGCGCGUUUUUCUUCUGCGACUCCAAAAAGACGAAGGCGCCUUCCCUUCUGAUUUGCCUCUCAAGCUCUCUCGCUGUCAUUUUCAUGACAUUCUUCACUGUGUACUUCGACGCAGACUGGGAUGACGGGACCGACUUUGGCAUUUGCGGAACUGGCUGGGGAGCUGCUGGCGUUAUCUGGCUGUAUGCUCUCCUUUGGUACCUCGCCAUGGACGCGUUCAAGGUGCUCGUCGUGAAGGCGUUUUUCGACGAAACCGGACUGUGCAGCUGCGUCCAUGGAGAUGCAAAUCAGCGGAAAAAGGCGUUUCAGGAGUUUCGGAGGCUCCGGCGCGAAGCGCAGACACAGAAGCUCGCUGCUGGAGUCGCUGCGACGGUCCAAAAGCAGCGGGACAGCUAUGAGCAGCAGAGGCGAUCUAACAUAGGGGGCCGCCCGAGUGUCCACCUCUUGGCUCCGCCGGUCGCGCAAGAAGUGAGACCGCGUUUUGAGAGCGGCCUCCAGCCGUCAUUCAGUGGUUCCUUCAUCUGCGUCCCCCACUCCGAGAGUGCGUCCGAACUCAAGCGCCUCGACCAGCAAGUUGCAGGUGCGAUGGAGAAACUCCAGAUUCUUAUGAAAUGGAAAGAAGACCUCGAAGCCCACAGCGAGUUUCAUCGAGGCGACAGCGCCCACGAGGAACGAAAGCAUUUCCUUGGGGACUCAUUUCUCCAGGAGACAGUCGAAAAAUAAAUCGAAGACAGGAACGCUGAAUCAGGGAGGGGAAGAGAGGCCUGUGAAACGUACAUUUCAUUCUGUGGUGGAACAACUUUCGCCACAUACGCAUAUUUAGUUAUGUCCGCAUAUGCAAAAUGUAUAUUCGUGUGUAUACAAGGAGACGAGCCGCUAUGCGUAUGAAUGAAUGUUUUUUGUUUGCCUCCGUAAAAGAUCGAGACAACCUUUCUUGUCUUCCCUUUCAAGGCGCCUUUUCGGCAUGCGUGCUGUCUGGGCCCUUGUGCAAGUGACCGGUGAUCUUGGGAGGGAA